AUGAACUCGUCGUCGAUCGAGGAGGCCGAAUUGUGUAGUUCAGAAGAUGAAGGAGCCGAUUAUCGUCGCAUCGAGACCAUCUUCCAUAGUAUUAAUUAUGCGCUUCCAUUAUGUGCAAUAGCUGCUCUAGCGUCAAAUAUAAAUCUUCUCAUAUGCAUUCGUCGUGGAAUUCGACAAAAAAGGCUCCCAAUUAAACGAUAUGUGAUGACAAUCCAUAGAUGUGUCUCUGACGUCGUUACUCUUCUUGUGGGCUUCGCAUACUCAGCCAACGAAUACAUGAAUAAUUGUGAUAAUGAUCAUAUCUGCAUUCAGUCGAAUAGCUCGUGGUUCAGCAGUCUCCUUCAGGCGAUAUUUAUCCUCAACUAUUGGUCGGUCGCAUUGUCGUAUGCUGGAAUCGCCAUUCUUACCUAUAUCGCUGUCAAAUCCCCAUUACAGUAUAAGGUGCACCUCCGUUGCUCGGUUGUUCUGAAAACAUUGGGUAUCUCAUGGAUUGCCAUGAUUCUAUCAUUCGUUUCGUGCAUUUGGCUGUUCCAUGACGGCAAGCUGAACUACCACGCGAACAUGGUCGUUCACCUAUUCCUGGAUGACUUCGACAAAAACGAGGUUCACGUCGCCAUCUGGCUCGUCGAUCUCUGCGUCAACAUUGAUCUCCAAUCUCCAUAUCGUAGUGCUCUUGUCACUCUUGCGCCGCCUCUUUUCUUCUACGUUGUAUCCCUCGUCGCUUAUUGUAUUAUAUCUGUUGAAUUGUUCAAUAAACGGACCACGAACGCGAUCAAACGCCACAAAUCGGCCAUGUGGCGACUCGGAACCCAUUUGGUCUUCUUUUCGAUCACCUGUUUUCUCACCGGCUUCGCUUAUUACGGCUCACUGCCAAUGGAGCAAUUUUGCACCAGUCAGAAAUUGAAUCUCAACGCCUGCCUCGAACCCGUCGUGUUCUACACUCGGAGCACCGCGCUCGCCGUUUUCGGCUGGUUUAUGCGAAUGUUCUUCGAUGGCCUCAUUGAUGUGUAUGUUGAUGGAGUUUUGCGACGAAGGCCAACCAAAGUAAUUGCUCCUUCCAUGUUUUCUCUUACGACGAAUGAGGUACGGUAG